AUGGCUCGCCAGGCGGCCCUCGGAGGGCUCUUGGCGGCGCUCCCGCUGCUGCUGCUGCUGCUCCCCCCCGGCGCGCUGAGCAGCGCGGAGGGCCACGGCAACGCCAGCGUCGCCUACCAGAUCGUCACCUUCAAGUGGAAGCACGUCCAGGACCCCUACAUCAUCGCCCUCUGGAUCCUGGUGGCCAGCCUGGCCAAGAUCGUUUUCCACCUGUCCCAUAAAGUCACCAGCGUGGUUCCAGAGAGCGCUCUGCUCAUCUUCCUCGGGAUCUGUCUGGGCGGCAUUGUGUAUGCAGCCGACCACAGCGCUUCCUUCACCAUGACACCAAACCUCUUCUUCUUCUACCUGCUGCCCCCCAUCGUCUUGGAUGCUGGAUACUUCAUGCCAAACCGGCUCUUCUUUGGCAACUUGGGUACGAUUCUCCUGUACGCCGUCAUCGGGACCAUCUGGAAUGCGGCUACAACCGGCCUGUCACUUUACGGGGUCUACCUCAGCGGAAUAAUGGGCCAUCUUAACAGCGGGCUGCUGGACUUCCUCUUGUUUGGCAGCCUGAUCGCCGCGGUGGAUCCCGUUGCCGUGCUGGCAGUGUUUGAGGAAGUCCACGUCAACGAAGUCCUCUUCAUCAUCGUUUUCGGAGAAUCUCUGCUCAACGAUGCGGUGACUGUGGUGCUGUACAAUGUCUUUGAUUCCUUCGUUGCCAUCGGAGCCAAUAAUGUGACCGGUGUGGACUGUGUCAAAGGCAUAGUGUCUUUCCUUGUGGUGAGCGUGGGAGGGACCUUGAUUGGCGUGGCCUUUGCGUUCCUGCUCUCCCUCGUAACUCGUUUCACGAAACAUGUCCCCAUCAUCGAGCCGGGAUUUGUUUUUGUCAUCUCCUACCUCUCUUACCUGACAGCGGAGAUGCUUUCUCUUUCAGCCAUCCUUGCCAUAACUUUCUGCGGGAUCUGCUGCCAGAAAUAUGUCAAGGCUAAUAUUUCCGAGCAGUCGACCACCACCGUGAGAUACACCAUGAAGAUGCUGGCUAGCGGCACAGAGACAAUCAUUUUCAUGUUCCUGGGGAUUUCAGCAGUGGAUCCUAAGAUCUGGACUUGGAACACAGCCUUCAUACUCUUGACAUUGGUCUUCAUCUCCGUCUACAGGGUCAUCGGUGUCGUUCUACAAACCUGGCUCCUGAACUAUUACCGCAUGGUCCCGCUGGGAAUAAUCGACCAAGUGGUGAUGUCGUACGGUGGCCUUCGUGGGGCAGUUGCUUUUGCUUUGGUGGUGCUCCUGGAUGAGAACAAAGUGAAAGAUAAAAACCUGUUUGUCAGCACGACGAUCAUUGUGGUGUUUUUUACGGUCAUUGUUCAGGGUUUGACCAUCAAGCCUUUGGUGCAGUGGCUGAAGGUGAAGAAGAGCGAGCACAGAGAGCCCAAACUGAACGAGAAGCUCCACGGAAGGGCCUUUGACCACAUUCUUUCAGCUAUUGAAGAUAUAUCUGGUCAAAUAGGACACCACUACAUGAGAGACAAAUGGAGCUACUUCGAUAGGAAAUACCUCAGCAAAGUACUGAUGAGACAGUCUGCUCAGAAAACAAGAGAUCAAAUCCUUAAAGUUUUCCGGGAGCUCAACUUGAAAGACGCGAUUAGCUACGUGGCUGAGGGAGAACGAAGAGGCUCUUUGGCAUUCAUCCGAUCUCCAAGCAUCGACAACACAGCCAAUGUGGAUUUCAGCAUUAUCAAUCAUAUGAACGGAGAGCCCCCCGUCUCCCAGUUCCUGAGGGACACCACCAGUUCUGUCUGUCUUGAUAUGCAAGCACUAGAGCAGAGAAGGAAAAGCAUCCGAGACACAGAGGACAUGUUCACCCACCACACUCUUCACCAGUAUCUCUACAAGCCCCGGCAAGAGCGUAAGCAUCUGUACAGUCGCCAUGAAAUCACUGCCGACGAAGAGGGAAAGCAGAACAAGGAGAUCUUCCAGCGGACCAUGAGGAAACGCCUGGAGUCCUUCAAGAGCACCAAGCUUGGCCUCAACUACACCAAGAAGAUUAACAAACUCUAUAAGAGAGACCGAGCCCAGAAAAGAAAAAUCAGUAACCUCAUACCAAAUGGAAAUCUGUAUGCAGAACCCACAAAGGAAAAAGACACUGACGUCUCGGAAGCGGAAGAGAAUAAUUAUGAUAAUCUCCACACAGGGAGAGCCAUGGAUUUCCUUGCUAAUGUCACGAGGCAGAAUCUCACAGAUAUCAGUGGCAUUGAUAACCCAGUGUUUUCAGCCGAUGUCGAACAAACCGCCACCCUGAGGUUUCCACCGUGGCUGUUCUUCGAAGAGAUGGUGGUGCCGUCCCCGCGGGCCCAAGAACAGAUCCCCUACUCUCCCAACAACUUCCAGCGCCUGGCCCCCAUCCGGCUGAGCAAUAGAUCCGUAGACUCCUUUUUGCAAGUUGACAUCCCUGAAGAACGGUCCCGGGCCUUCCCCUCAGAUUCAACGCACAUGUAA